AUGACUUUCACUACACCCUCCGCGCAAACAUGGACCCUCCGCCUCAAGUCACAGAAGACCACGGUCCUCUUACACGUUGACCCACUGCAAACCUUCCCUACGAUCAAAGAACAACUUUACAAGUCGCUGGAGGAAACGGGUCUCAAGAACGCCGACUCUGAACCGAUUUCACUACCUCCCUCGCCCUCAGACAUCGAGCUCGGCCGCCCAGUCAAUACCAACGAUCCUCACAAAGGCUUCCAAUUAGGCGAGUGGGAAUACUCUUCACUGGAGGAAGAGGGAGAGGAUCCGAAAGGCAAGGGCAAGGCGAAGGCAGGACGGCCGAAGAAGUCCGGUACGGUUGGCGCAGACAGUGUCAAGGACUGUCCGAAGGGUGCAGGGCUUCGUGAUGGUGCUGUGUUGGCUUUUCGGUGGAAGGGCAAUGGGUCACGGGAGGACGAGGACAUUGAGAUGGCGGAUGGGAGGAAGGCGGACAUGUGGGACGUGAAGCUGGCGAGCUACGAGGAUAACUACGGCGUAGAGAACGAGAUGGACGUCGGAGGCGGAAGGGAGUUUGAGGGAUGA